UGCUAUUGGACAUUUACUUGGAUGAAGGGUGUGGCCUGAGGCGCGGGAAAGUUGAAUCCUGGGAAUCGCUUUGCAGCUUUGCUGGCGACAAGGUUGAGCUGAUGCAUUUCCUCUUUUUUUAGCUGUUUGCAGAAGAGGGAAUUCUCUGUGGGUGCAGCUUUUGCAAUAGAGGUGAGAAAAUUUCCCCAUCUUUGGCUUGGGACCCCUGUACUUCAAGGAUUGCCUGCUCCCUGUCUGAACCUACUCAGACUAUACAAUCAUCACCAGAGAUCCUUCUCUAAGGGAAGUGUGGAGGCUGGCAACGAGAGAACAGGCCUUUUCAGUGGUCUCUCUCCCCCCCCCCCGAUUAUGGAAUUCACUUCCCAGGGAGGCUCUCCUGGUGCCAACCAUAUCAGCUUCUAGGAACCAGUUGCAGGAAGAACCACAUCAUCUCAACACAGAAGACAAACUGCUGAUGAAACAGAAGGCCAAAAGCCCUGCUGAGAAGCAGCAGGAGUCUUGCGGCAUCUGGCUGGAUACUUCAGCCCUCAAAAGACACAAAAUACAGACCGUCAUAGCGAAGCCAGCGUUAAUACUGAACCAGCUCUCCCGUUGUCCUCUUCCAACAAGAGCACCUCUUCCAUGCAUGAAACAAACCACAAUUUCUGCCUUCUUCAGCACACAACAAGCAGGGGGAAGAAAUACCAGUCCAAACAAAAGGCCGUUGGCUGCCGCAUCGAGCAGUGCCUCCAAGCUGAAAAGCCAUGAAUUGUCUGGGGUAGAAAGAGCCCUGUUGGCAGCCUCCCUGCUUCAGCCUAGAGUCAUGCAAGAACACAAGCAACUACUGCAAGGUUUACACAGUUCCCCUUGUAAUGCUGCACUUGCUGCAGCCCAGGCUAACAGCUCUGAAAGGAGAGACUCUGUUUCAGAAACAGAAAACCCUCUCUCGUCAGACUUCAUUCAGCACCUAGAAGAGAAGAGGGAGCUUGACCACAUAACUGUUUCUGAUUCACCUGUGAGAGAGAAAAAUGGUGGCUGGCAAACAGAAAAACGCACCAUCUCAUUUCUUCAGAGUGGCCAAAACCUGACAGUAGUUUCAAAUAGAAAAACCAAAGGUCAAAGAAGACUGAGACAUCCAUCCUCUUGUGAUAGGGCCCUCGUCGAUUCCUCUGACUCUGAGAACAUAAAUCCUCAGUUCGAACGAAGUACAACCGGAGUGAAGCCUUUGAAGAGUUUCAACAAAUCUGUUGCAGGGCUCUGUUCAAAAACCAUCUGUAAUUCUGAUAAGAGGUCUGAAGAUAGCCAGGUAGGUUUGGUCAGCCUCCCACUGUUUACUCAGGAUUCUGAGGGUCACAAAGUCAUUUCUCACCGCUUUUUUCAUGAGCGAAGCAAAACGCCUAUGCAAAAGAAGCUUUGUGACAAAACGGACUCUGCAACAAGCUCUUCCUACAGUGACCGCUUUAGGGCUUGCUGCACUGCAGCGAGAGGGACCCACUUAUCUCCAGGUGUGAGCAUGUCUGUUCCUGCAGACAGUAGUGAGGAGUCAUGUUAUGACUUGUUAUUCACACAGGAUUCGGAAGGCAAUAGAGUCAUUAAACACUAACUCAUAAUUGCUCAGCGAGAGAAAUGCCCUUAACGCCUAGUUUCAAAACAAACCGCUGCAGAUAUGAAAGUACACUGUGCAUAUUUGCUUAUGGCUGUACAAAGCAUUCUUAUUCAUUCUAUGAGCUGAUUUCUUUAUAACUUGUGGGUUGUCUUAAAGAAAUAAUAUAGUAAAGACUAUUGUUAAUGCUUCCAGAAGCUGAAUGUUGUUAUUGGCAAAAUAUGCAGCUGUGUCAGUAAGUGAAUUCCACACAACAUUAUACAAGUCUUUCCAUGUGCUCAGUUACACAAUUGUUGCCUUGUGGGAUAAGACUUGUGUUACCAAUUCUUAAAUUGUACCUCUCCCUCGACCCCUACUACCUACAUUUCAGUUUUCUUUCCUAGCAAAUGGAGGUAGAAUUAAAGUUUAAGCUGUAUUGGAUCUAGUCUUGGAGUCUGUUGCUCUGUGUUUAAAAAUAAAUUGCUGCCACUUAAAAAAACCCAG